CUAGCGUGUUAAGUCACAACAGCAUGUUAAAUUGUCAAACGUAAGGUUUCAAAGCAGUCGGGUUGGACUUGCGGGGCGGGGCCGUUGUGAUAUCAAAGAUUGCUGGGUUUAUUGGAUUGCAUGGCAGUGGGAUGUAGAUGCACCGGUGUGGCCCUAUUCAUAGCCGGCCUACAUCGUGGGCUUGGGGACCAUUUCGACUUGUGAGCGCAAGGACGAACGAAUCCGAAGCCUUUAAAAUCACAGAUAAACUGUCAAUACAAUCCCUGUUCCCGUUUGUGGCGAGUGUUUGCGCUGACUUCAGCCAGAGGGCGAGCCUACUCUGUCUAUCCACCGCAGGGCAGGUGUUUCACUGCUGUAAUAUUUGCUCUACUAGGAAUGAUUCGAGGAAAGAAUCGGACGAGUCCCACCAAUCUACGACUCAAGAAUCUGGUUUGAUGGCAGUAUCGAGCUCCUCAUUCCGGGAGAAUGAGUCCCGGUUGGCCUUGACGGCGGGGGCUGGUACGGCGAUCGAAUGCCGGGCUGCGAUGAGGUUUAGCUUCCUCCAGCCAGUCAGGAUGGGACUCGAAUCAUUAUCCAGGGCAAGAUGGAAGCCCCGAUCGUCGUUGAUACCGGCAAGUUGUUUAGUGUCUCUGAGUCAAUAUUCUACUCUUUUCUCGAUAUUGGCUCCGAUCUUGUGGUACACUCCGUACAGCUGUGUCAGAACGUCUUUGUAACAUAGCCUGACAUUAAUGUUAGUAGGUUACAGCCAUUCUACACGUCAAGGGUCAAAGCAUCCCAUGUCAAGCGUAGUCGUAGAAAGACAUCCGACCCCCCCUCCUCUUCGAAUGACACAUUCGCAGGUUACCUCCAAAUUCAUGGCAUUAUUAGCAUGUCCUUGGGAAUCCUGUUGCGAUCAUCAUUGAAGUGUCCGGGCGGCUGGACGUCCUACGGUUUGAACGAAUCGGCCUGCCUUCCGCUGAAGCAUGGAUGAAGAGAGUAUU